ACAAUCAGGGCAGAUGGAAAACAGGCGGGGCAGAACAGACACACAAACUGGGGGAAAUGUCAAACACUAACAUAACUACAAUGAUUCCUUGUGUGCUCAGUUCACAUUGAAGAAAAAACAAGAAAUUCUGGAUCUGACAAGCAUAUAGCCUAAUUAAAGUGUCAAUUCACAGAGGAUUCAAGUUUUCACUUGUGAAAGGAGGAACUUGGAAGAGUCUCAGUGAUCAUGUUGGAGGAUAUUUUUCAUUCACCCACUUCAGUUUUACUGCUUGGUGUUGUUGUCGGUCUGCUGGUCCUCCGCUUCUUUAAUUUCAGCUUCAGCGCUCAAGAAAGGCAUGAACCUCCAGGACCCAGACCUUUCCCUUUGCUUGGGAACCUGCUUCAGGUGGACCUGAAGAGGCUUGACCAAAGCCUUUUUGCUCUAUCCAAAAAAUAUGGACCAGUUUUCCAAAUCUUCUUUGGACUGAAGAAGGUGGUGGUCCUGGCAGGUUACCAGACCGUCAAACAGGCUCUGGUGAACCAUGCUGAGGAGUUUGGAAACAGAGAAAUUACUCCAGUUUUCUAUGAUUUCAACCAAGAACAUGGCAUACUAUUUGCCAACGGAGACUCGUGGAGAGAAAUGAGGCGUUUUGCUGUGACAACACUUAGAGACUUUGGAAUGGGCAAGAGGAUGAGUGAAGAGAAAAUUAUUGAGGAAUGUCGCUGCCUGAUCGAGGAAUUUGAGAAAUUUGAAGGUAAACCCUUCGACAACACCAAGGCGAUUAAUUAUGCUGCAUCAAAUAUUAUAUCAGCUCUGAUGUUUGGGAAGAGAUUUGAAUACCAAGAUCCUGUAUUCCAAGCUAUGGUGGAAAGAGAUAAUGAGACUAUUCACCUGACUGGAUCAGCUUCCAUCCAGAUAUACAACUUAUUUCCUUGCCUGGGCCCUUUCCUUCAAGUCAGGAGCAAUUUGAUGAAAAAUGUGGAAGAUGGCAAGAGGGAUCUACGGAAGAUAAUCGCAGAUCUGAAGGAGACACUGGAGCCUGAGAUAUGCAGAGGCUUUGUAGAUGCAUUUCUCAUCCGUAAGCAAAGUCUGGAGGAGGGUGAAAUCACCAGUUCAUACUACCAUGAUGGCAAUCUGCUCUACAGUGUAAUGAAUUUGUUUGCAGCUGGAACCGACACCACCGCGACCACACUGAAGUGGUGUUUGCUCUUCAUGGCCAGACACACAGAGGUUCAAGACCGGGUUGUGGAGGAGUUGAACAGGGUGGUUGGAAGUCGUCAGGUUCGAAUAGAGGACAGAAAGAACCUGCCAUACACUGAUGCCGUUAUCCAUGAGUCACAAAGACUCGCCAACAUUGUCCCAAUGGCCAUUCCUCACACAACAAGCAAAGAUGUGACCUUUCAGGGAUACUUCAUCAAAGAGGGAACUGCUAUCAUCCCACUUCUUACAUCAGUCCUGUAUGAUGAGAGUGAAUGGGAGAACCCUGAUACUUUCAACCCUUCUCAUUUCCUUGAUGAGGAGGGUAAAUUUAUCAGGAGAGACGCCUUCAUGCCCUUUUCUGCAGGUCGCAGGGUUUGCCUCGGAGAAGGUCUGGCCAGAAUGGAGCUCUUUCUUUUCUUCACUUCUCUCCUUCAGCACUUCCGUUUCACCCCCCCACCUGGAGUUUCAGAAGAUGAACUGGAUCUGUCACCUGUUGUGGGCUUCACCCUCUCUCCUCUGCCUCAGAAUCUGUGCGCUGUCAGUUGCCAGUAAAGAAGACAACAAGAACGGGAUGUAAAUAACAACAUUGCAUGCAUGAUGUAACGCAUGAAUACUGCUCUAUUUUCUAGGAAUCUUGUUUAAGUCACACAUGCCUUAAACAUGUAAUUAUACAUAGCUAGAAACAGGUAGCAGCCUUUCUAGUGCAUGGUGUCCCUGCUUCACCUCUUUCUUGCAUGACAGGUGUGAGGUAAGGACAGUAGGAGAUGAGGCAAAGGAGAAAAUCUAAGAUGUUAAAAGUGGAAUUAGGGAAUAGCGUGCUCUGGAGCAGAUGCUUGAAUACACCAGCUGUGACAAUAUCAUGCUACAUUACAUCUUUGAAGAUGGAGAGCUGCAAUUGAUAUGAUGCCGUCAUACCUUCAGUUUUGCUUUUGGUGGUCAUAGUUGUAGUUUGAAUAUAUAUGUGCAGUUUUGUUAUGGAAAAAGUGCAAUGCAUGUCCGUGAGACUGA